GGCGCUUCCGGGCGGAGGGAGCACAUUGAUAAGGGCGGCGGUGCUUCGGCUCCGCCUCUUCCGGUUCUCCCUCAGAGCCGCCAUGACCAAGAAGAGGAGGAACAACGGGCGGGCCAAGAAGGGCCGCGGGCACGUGCAGCCCAUCCGCUGCACCAACUGCGCCCGCUGCGUGCCCAAGGACAAGGCCAUCAAGAAAUUCGUCAUCAGGAACAUCGUGGAGGCCGCUGCAGUCCGGGACAUCUCCGAGGCCAGCGUCUUUGAUUCCUACGUGCUGCCCAAGCUGUACGUGAAGCUCCAUUACUGUGUCAGCUGUGCCAUCCACAGCAAGGUCGUUCGGAACCGCUCGCGGGAGGCGCGCAAGGACCGCACCCCCCCGCCCCGCUUCCGCCCCGCCGGAGCAGCCCCCCGACCCCCCCCCAAGCCCAUGUGAGGAGACCCCGGCCCGGAGUGGGACCCCCAAGUGCAGAAUCAAUAAAAAAUCUGCCCAGA